AUGGCCACCAGACCGCAGCCGUUGGGUGUGGAGCCCGAGGGACCAGCAGACCUGCUCCACGGGCCUGAGGGGACCAGAGGGCAGCGUGGGUCAACACAGAAAAUUGAAGAUUUAAUGGACAUGGUGAAAAAGUUGCAGAAAGUGGGAAGUCUAGAGCCCCGGAUUGAGGUCCUGAUUAACCGUAUUAAUGAGGUUCAGCAAGCCAAAAAGAAAGCCAGUGAGGAGCUUGGAGAGGCUCAGACUGUUUGGGAUAACCUGCAGAAGGAACUGGAUUCAUUACAUGAAGAGAAAGUACGUCUAAAGGAUAUCUUGAACAGAAAGGAAGAGGCCCUGAGGAUUAUGCAGCUGCACUGCCAGGAGAAGGAAAGUGAGGCACAGAGGAAGCACAGCAUGUUGGAGGAGUGUAAAGAGAGAAUUUCUUUUCUGAACUCCCAGAUCAACAAUGAGAAGGCCAAACUAAGAAAACUGAGGUUGGAUUUUGAAGAACAUCUGGAGAGUUUGAUGAGUCAACAUAAGGACACCUUGGAAUUUCAUAAGCCUGAACAUCUGACAGAGGAGAUGUAUGCUUUGGACAGCAGCAAGGAGCAGCUGCUCCAGGAAGAGAAACUGAUCAAGGCAAAGCUGGAGGAUGUGAAACGUCGGCUGUGUGCCCUGGGUGGGCCUGAGGGCUCUUCCACCCUCUCUGAAGGACUCUUCCUCCGAAGCCAGGAGGCAGCUGCAGCAAUGCAGAUGUUCACGGAUGAGAACCAGAAAGCUCAGGAGCUCCUAGAGGCUGCAGCUCAGCAGCACCAUCAGCUGCAGCAGAGGUGCUACCAGCUACAGCAGAAACGGCAGAGACUGAAAGAAGAACUGGAAAAGCAUGGGGUACAGAUCCUUGCUCAAGUUCAGAGUACGCAAAAUGAAGAGGACAGCUCAUGGAGGAUGGCCAGUUCUAAACCCUUAGAAGUGCACGAGGAGACAGUCCAAGAGCGCCCAUCAAGCAGGACCUAA